GUCGCCCCGUCGGGAAACCCACGAGCAGCUCGGCGGCAGCGGCAGCGGCAGCGGCUUUGCCUCGGCGCGGUAGGAUGUGGUUAGAACCUUGAGGAACUGCGGGUUCCAGAGAGAACACUUUAGACAGCCGGAUUGGAUCCAGAGAGCAGAUGCUCAAGAGAACUUCUGUUUUGCCCAAGGUCUCUCCGCGGGAAAUAUAAAGGACAAAGGUAUCCGCCUCUACAAGGGACCCCAAGCAGUGCCUGGAUGAGAGUACUGGAGUGACUGGUGACUCCAGGAGGCCUUUCUGGAGGAGGUUGAGCCCCAGGGGUGGCUACGCUGGCAUGUCAACCCAUUUCCAAAGUGAGGCAUAAGUCUUGGAGCCGACCCUGCCCGGGUCCCAGUUGAGAAGAUGAGGUUGCUACGAAGGCGCCACAUGUCCCUGCGCCUCGCCAUGCUGGGCAGUGUCUUCAUGCUCUUCCUCUUCAUUCGGCAGAAGGAUGUAAGCAACCAGGAGCAGGCCAUGGAGAAACCGUGGCUGAAGUCUCUGGCGGGCCAGAAGGACCAGGUCCUGGACUUCAUGCUAGGUGCUGUGAACAACAUUAGGGAUGUCAUGCCCAAGCUGCAGAUCCGGGCUCCGGAACCGCCUCAGACUCUGGUCUCCACGAACCACUCCUGCCUGCCCGGGUUCUACACCCCUGCUGAGCUGAAACCCUUCUGGGACAGGCCACCUCAAGAUCCCAACAGCCCUGGGGCAGAUGGAAAAGCAUUUCAGAAGAAAGAAUGGACCGAUCUAGAGACCAAAGAAAAGGAAGAAGGCUAUAAGAAACACUGCUUUAAUGCAUUUGCCAGUGACCGCAUUUCCUUGCAGAGGUCUCUGGGGCCAGACACCCGGCCUCCUGAGUGUGUUGACCAGAAGUUCCGGCGCUGCCCGCCACUGCCCACCACCAGCGUGAUCAUUGUGUUCCACAACGAAGCCUGGUCCACUCUGCUGCGCACAGUAUACAGCGUCCUGCACACCAGCCCUGCCAUCUUGCUGAAGGAAAUCAUCCUCGUGGAUGACGCCAGCACAGAUGAGCACCUGAAGGAGAGGCUGGAGCAGUACGUUCAGCAGCUGCAGAUCGUGCGCGUGGUUCGGCAGCGGGAGCGGAAGGGGCUCAUCACAGCCAGGCUACUGGGGGCCAGCGUGGCGCAGGCAGAGGUGCUCACGUUCCUGGAUGCCCACUGUGAGUGUUUCCACGGCUGGCUGGAGCCCCUCCUGGCUCGAAUUGCUGAAGACAAGACAGCGGUGGUGAGCCCAGACAUCGUCACCAUCGACCUUAAUACCUUCCAGUUCUCCAGACCAGUACAGAGAGGCAAAGCCCACAGCCGGGGCAACUUCGACUGGAGCCUGACCUUCGGCUGGGAAAUGCUUCCUGAGCACGAGAAGCAGAGGCGCAAGGAUGAGACCUACCCCAUCAAGUCCCCGACGUUUGCCGGCGGCCUCUUCUCCAUCUCCAAGGCCUACUUUGAGCACAUCGGUACCUAUGAUAACCAGAUGGAGAUCUGGGGAGGGGAGAAUGUGGAAAUGUCCUUCCGGGUGUGGCAGUGUGGGGGCCAGCUGGAGAUAAUCCCCUGCUCGGUGGUCGGCCACGUGUUCCGUACCAAGAGUCCCCACACCUUCCCCAAGGGCACCAGUGUCAUUGCGCGCAAUCAGGUGCGCCUGGCUGAGGUCUGGAUGGACGACUAUAAGAAGAUUUUCUACAGGAGAAAUCUGCAGGCAGCAAAGAUGGUCCAGGAGAACAACUUCGGUGACAUCUCGGAGCGACUUCGACUCAGGCAGCAGCUACGCUGCCACAACUUCUCCUGGUACCUGCACAAUGUCUACCCAGAGAUGUUUGUCCCCGACCUGAACCCCACCUUCUAUGGAGCUAUCAAGAAUCUUGGUACCAAUCAGUGUUUGGACGUGGGCGAGAACAACCGGGGAGGAAAGCCUCUCAUCAUGUACGUCUGCCACAACCUCGGCGGCAAUCAGUACUUUGAGUACACAUCGCAGAGGGACCUCCGCCACAACAUCGGGAAGCAGCUGUGUCUACACGCCAGUGGGAGCACGCUCGGCCUUAGGAACUGUCAGUUCGUUGGCAAAAACAGCAGAGUGCCCAAGGACGAGGAGUGGGAAUUGACCCAGGAUCAACUCAUCAGAAACUCAGGAUCUGGUACCUGCCUGACAUCCCAGGACAAAAAGCCAGCCAUGGCCCCCUGUAAUCCCAGGGACCCCUACCAGCUCUGGCUGUUUGUCUAGGCCUGGGGUCACCCCCCAGUGCAGGCCCAACAAGCCCUCCAGGCGGUAGGGUCACCAGGCGUCUGGGGAGUCCUCUCCCCCAGAUCCUCUGGAGGCCUGAGAGUUGGAUUUUGAAGCCCUGUGGCCACCAAGGCAGGACGUUCUUCUUGCAACAACACUGGUCCCACUUUCUUUCUUCCACGUCAGUGGGGAGACCAGGAGGUCACAUGCUACUUGGCCCAAGGCUUUUGUCCUCUCCUAGAGACGAGCCUCGAAAGCAGCCUGAGAGUGUGUCCUGCAGAGGAACUGGAAGGGCAGAGAGCCUCUCGUGUUAGCAGACCUUUGCAGCAAACCCUCUUGAUAUGUAUACACAGAGUGCCUUCAUCCUAUGUCAUUUGCACAGUUAUCUCUGGAGGAGACAGGGAGAAAGGAGCCAUCCAUUGAGAAGGUUGAGAGUGAGCUGGAGUAUAUAGCUCAGGGAAAGGCUCUGGGUUUGACCCCUUAGCACCACAGAAAACAGAAAAGGAGUCCAGGAGAGAAAGGCAGGCAGAGAGAAGCAGAGAGGGACAGAGGGAGGCAGAGGGCUUUUCUGCAAUUGCACACCUGAUAGGUGGCUCAAGCUGGGGUUGAGUCCCCGUCUUUGGUGCUGUACCAGGGGUCCUUCCAGCACACAAGAACACUAAACAGUGAGCUGCCAGUCAUGCCAUUUCCUGACCCCCUCUCUGAUCAUUCUGGCUGGCUGUCCUCCAGAAAGCCAGGUAGCGAGAUGUGAGACUACAUUGAGAUCCUGGACUGUUAGUGUGGAAAGAAGUUCAUGAGCUGAGACAGCUGGUGAGCCUCAAGCCCAGGGCCCCUUUGUUCUAAGCUAUAGACGAGGAGAGUAAAAGGCUGAAGCAGGAGCUAGGCAUGAAGGCACAGGUCUGCAGCCUCGGUGCUCAGAGACUAAAGCAGCAAGGUCUUAAGCUCCAAGGCCAGCCUGGGCUUCAAAAUUCGACCUUUCCUCAAAGGCAAUUAAAAAAUAGCGUGGAGAAUAUGCAGGGAACUGCCUCGCAGCCCCUGAACUAAGGCAGCCCCCUCCCCUUUUACACUUACUCCUCAGCAGAAACUAGAUAGGUGUUUUGUCCAAGGUCACCUGGCAAGAUGUUUGGCAGUUCCAAGCUUAGACCCAAGAUAAGGCUAAUCAGAGUCCUGGCAAGUCUGAGGGGUCAGGGACAGCGUGCAGUUGCCUGGAGGGCUGAUCUCAUCUGCUUGCCUGAGUGCCCUGUGCAGAGCUGACCCGAGGAUGCCAACCUUUCUACAAUCAAUUUGGACCCCACUGUCACUCUGCCUGGAAGAAAAUAGAAAUGUGCAGGAAGACUUUAGGGGGACUUCAGCAUGGGACCACGAAUGCCUCCUGCUCCAUGCAAGGGCACAUUGCAGGAAGCCUCCCUUGUCCCCUGGGUGCCAAUCAGAGGUAGCCCAGCCAAGGGAAAGAGUCUGACCGAGUUGUGAUCCAAGGUGGGAAGAGAGGCUGAUUGAGAACCUGGUGGAAAUAAAGGUUUUAUGGUAUUGGUCAAAGGUGUUGGAUUUGAGUUCCUCUCUCCCUGCUUUAGCCAUAACUGAAACAGAUGGGACUGGCAAGGACCCUGUGGCUACUGUCACACCUGCAAACACUCUCCAGCCAGUGUGUAUUGGGUGUGCAGUGUGUGCAAGUGUGAGAUGUGAGAUGGGACCCUUACCCCGUGGAGUCCCAGAAUGCUUGAGGAAAGGAGUUAAAACAAGUCAGGAGAGGCCUGACAUGGUGGCUGCAGGGAGAAGCUGAUGGUGGUGGGUCCUAAGGCAGAGGCAGGCAGGCAGACAUUAGUUUGAGGCCAGGCUGGUCUACAUAGCAAGUUCCAGGCCAGCCAGGGCUACAGAGUGAGACCUUGUCUCAAAAAGAGAAAGAAGGUGGGAAGGGAAGCUGGAGAGAUGACUUUGUGACCAGGAGCUCUUUCUGCACUUCCAGGGGACCUGGAUUCAAUCCCCUGCAGCCAUAUGUAACUACGUGUAACCAUCAGUUCUGAAAGGUUGUGUCAUCUUCUGGCCUGUAAGCACACCAGGCACAUGAGUGGUACAUAGACAUACAUGCAGCAAAAACACUCAUACCUGUAAAGUGCAAACAAGUAUUCUCAAUUUUAAAACAAAAAAUGAAAAGCUGGGCAGAGUUCAGUUGGUAGCAUGGGCCUGACAUGCUCAAGGCCCAGGGUUUGAUCCAUUAAGCCAGGUACACUAGGUAUGGUGACCCAGGUUAGCCCAGACUAGUAAUCCCAGAAGUUAGGAGAUAGAAGCAAGAAGAUGCGAGGUUCACGUGAGCUAGACUGGGAGCUGGAGACCAACAUGGGCUAUGAUGCUAAGUUCAGAUCACAUUGGCAUAAAGAUAACAAUAUAGAUCCUAUUAAUUUCUUUAGAUCUUAAACGGAAACACUUUUUAUAGGCCCCUAAAUAUAUUCUGGGCCCUAAGCACUGUUCCUACUGACUAGAUCUGCCCCAUAGGAGAGCGGGUUGACCUGUAGGUGAGAAAGACUGUGUGAACUAUGUUAACAAUGAGUUAAUUAUAGGGAGUCAAAAUCUUGGCCCUAAUGUUGGUUCCAUUAAACAUCUAAAUGUUUAUCAGCCAUAAACUAUUUCCCCUCUAUCCCAGAAUUUUUAUAUUACCUCCUCAGCCCAAUUCUGUUACACCUAGCUAAGGUGUCCACUCUAGUGCUGACAGGCUUUCUCAUGUAUCCCAGAAUUUGUAUAUUACCUCUUCAGCCCAAUUCUGUUAUACCCAGCUAAGGUGUCCACUCUGGUGGCUUCCUCACACCCACCCUGGAACAGAGCUGUUCCUUUUUUCUUCCUCCCUUCUUCCCAGGCAGGAUCAUGCUGUGUAGCCCAAACUGGCCUUCCUUGCCCCAUGCUGGGGGUGGGGUGUCACAGGCUUGUACUAUUUCUCAUUUUCAUGAGCUAUACUAUUGCUUCAGGUAUCUUUCUGGAAUAAGUGCUUUGACACCAGUGGAAGUGGAAGAGAGGAGCUGCCACCGGUGUUCUGAAACCAGGACAGCUCUUGAAAGGCCUCUGUCCUGGUGCAGUUUGUGUGCUCAUUUUUAGAUUCUAAAACCACAAGGUGGAUCAGGCAAGCAAGCGAGGUUUUACCAAAGCCUCCCUGGCAGCCAACAGGUUGUUAGAGCAAAGACACCAUUCCAUUCCAGGUACCAAGUGAAGCAUACUUGACAAAUAGGCAGUCUAAGCAGUGUGUUAAAUAACCACUAAAUAAAGCAACAAAUCAGUAUCUUUUUUUUUUUUUCUACCAAAGUGCUCUUUUUCUACUUUAAAUUACUUCACCAUUUGAUCUAAUGUAUUCAAACUUCCUCUGUACAAGCUUGGAUUUUUCCAAAGUUCGUGGGAAAUUUUAUGAGCAGAAAUAAAAUUUUGUCAUAAACUGUA